UCCACUCGCUAGAAAAGUAGUAAAAACGAAAACAUUCUUUUCACUUUCGAAUCUGCUGAAACAUCACGGAAAACAUCAGUGCAAACAGAACCUAACAAACAUCACCUUGAUCACCAUGCCCGUACCGUGACGAUUUCUAUUAAACUAGUGCUCCGGAGGGCGUCUUUGGUUGGCCGCUGUUGUUGCGGUGGAACUCGAAGCAACGUUCAAGCCAGGCGCACCACGUCAGCGCGGGCAGCUAGUGCGCGGGAGAAACCGAUAAAGUAAGCGUAUCAAAUGAUGGAAGAAAAGCUUAAAUAUUCCUUCCUGCGCGAUCUUAACGAUGGGCAAAGUAUAUGGACCAGAAAUGAAAAGCGUACCUGGUUCUUAACACUCCUGACGGGGACAUGUAUGCUUUACUCAACCCGUACCACGAUGCCACUGCUCGUACCGGCCGUAGCAGCCGAACGCAAAUGGAGCAAAACCGAUUCCGGCACCGUGUUAAGUUCGUUCUUCUGGGGUUACACGCUAACGCAGGUGCUCGGCGGCUAUCUGAGCGAUAAGUUCGGUGGUCAGAAGGUGAUACUGUUGGCCGCCAUCGGUUGGUCGCUUAUAACCUUCUGGAUGCCUAACAUCAUCACCUCCUCGACGCUCUUUGCGUCCUAUUCGAUCCCGUUUAUCGUUACCAUUAGAAUAAUCAACGGCGCCUGUCAGGGUGUCCACUUUCCCAGCAUGAUAAGCAUCACUAGUCAGAAUCUGAGCUCCUGCGAACGGGCCAGUUUUUUUAGCAUACUCACUUCGGGAUCAGCCCUCGGGACGCUGCUGACCGGCAUUGUCGGUUCGUUUCUGCUCGACUACUUCGGUUGGCCGACCGCAUUCCGGGUAAUUGGGUUCCUGGGCCUCUCGUGGACGCUUUUUCUACGGUACUACACGAUGGCAUCGGAUCGGAGCAGGAUCAUUAACAUUUCCAUGCCAAGCCGGAUGUACACGAAGCUUGGUACCCCCGAAACCGUACCGUGGUUACGGUUGUUCGAACGAAGUAGCUUUUGGGCCUGUGUGUUGGCACACGCGUGUGAGAUGAAUUGUUUUUUCGUGCUGCUCUCGUGGUUACCAACGUAUUUUCACGAGAAUUUCCCGCACGCUAAGGGUUGGGUAGUAAAUAUGAUCCCUUGGCUAGCGCUUCCACCGGUGACAUUCAUGGGAAAAUUACUUACCGAGCAUCUGCUCGCGAAACAGUGGUCACUGACGCGCAUCCGCAAGCUAGUCCAGAGCUUAUGCUUUCUGGGCCAAAACUGUGCGCUCUUUGUUAUGUGCCGAACGCAGGACUUUAAUAUGGCACUUACCUGCAUGUCAAUUAUUAUCGGUCUCUCUGGGUUGCAUAACAAUGCGGUGACCGUAAAUCCACAGGAUCUUGCACCGAGCCAUUCGGGUAGUGUGUUCGGGCUGAUGAAUACGGUCGGUGCAAUACCGGGCUUUCUCGGUGUUUAUCUUGCCGGACACAUACUAGAACUGACGCAAUCGUGGUCGGCUGUGUUCAGUACGGCAGCUGCCAUCAACACGUUCGGAUGGCUUAUCUUUACCGUGUUCGGUUCCGCUGAAACGAUUGUUUAAAAACAAACCUUUCAUCCGGGGUUUCGGGAUAACCACUGGAAGCCAAAACCAAAACCCUCUAGAUUAAAAACUUUCCGCUACCGAUACAGAUAGGUGUACAAAAAUCUUAUUCCCCUUUUUGCUCUUCUUCUCCAAAGCACUCCACAGUCCACGCCCCUUACGAUCAUCCUCCAGAACAAAUCAACAAAUGUAUCGAACAAAUGAAAGAUGUGACUGGUGAUCGAACCAAAGCAACACAAAACUUAGAAAGCAUCAUUCGUACUAGGGAUUGGGGGCUAGUAAGGUUGGAAUGGAAUCGAAUCAAUUGGCUAUUCAUAAAACGCAUUCCUCGAGAGAAAUAGAGCUGGUAGAAGAGGUAGCUAAACGUCGAACUGCAAAUCUGUUAGAUAUUGUCCAAAAAAUAUAUUAGAACAAAUAAAUCAAAAUCAUUGAU